UGUCAAUAAAUUUUUUUUCAUUUUGGCUUCAGUUUUUCAUAUUUUAUUUGUCGAUUGAAUAAAGCGGACAAAUUUUGAAACGUUUUUGACGAUUUUUAAAAAUGUAUAUUUUUAUUGAAACCUUGUGCUCUGAAUCAAAAGUUUUCAGAUAUUUCCUUUAUAUUCUACCAAUUUUAAUUUUUUUCGUGUUUAAAAAACUAAUUUCGAAGCAAUUGUAUGCAGUGCGAUCACGAAAUAAAAUACGUUUUCAAAAGGAGGACAUUGAUGACGAUGAUACUGUCCAAAUGGAUUCGCAUCACGGGCCAUGCAGCUCAGGAAGGAAUUUAACUUUUGAUCCAAUUCCAUUUUUGCCGGAGGUCGAACAUAUACCAUACUGUGGAUUGAACGAGAGUUUAGACGAAAGUGGCGAUCAAUUUUACAAUUUAGCCAAAAAUCGACGAAGCGUUCGAAAUUUUAAUCGCGAGAAACCGGUUGACUUAGCAGUGAUUGAAAAAUGCAUUUUGGCCGCUGGAACGUCGCCGAGCGGAGUGGGAACGCAACCAUGGACAUAUUGUGUGAUUCGUGCUGCUGACGUCAAGCAACAAGUUCGCGCUAUAAUUGAAGCUGAAGAGUACAUAAAUUACACGCAACGCAUGUCACCCCAAUUGCUCACGGACUUGAGACCUUUGCAAACCAACCAUUUGAAACCAUAUCUCACUGAUGCGCCGUAUCUAAUAAUCGUCUUCAAACAAAUCUACGGACACCGACCUGACGGUAAGCGGAUGCCGCAUUAUUACAAUGAGAUUUCGGUAUCGGUUUCAGUUGGUAUACUUGUCUCCGCUCUCGUUUGUGCUGGAUUAAGUUCAGUGGUUACUAGACCUGAAUGUGUUGGCUUGGCCCUGAAAAAAUUACUAAAACGUCCGGAAAACGAGAGAUUUUUAUUCGUUAUUGCAGUUGGCCAUUCGACUGAUGAUUGCAAGGUGCCUUGUAUUGAAUCAAAACCACUUCAAGAGAUCAUGGUGACUUACUAGCAUCAAAUAGACGGUGCUUAACACACUGAAUAUUAACUCUAAGUUCAAAUAUGGUGCAAGACGCAAAGAGGUUUUGUUCGUGCCUCUUUCAUCAUUCGAAAAGUCGUUAUUUACAAAAAUUGCAUGAAAAUCGCUAAA